AUGGCCGGUGUCCUCAGUGAACAGUUCAAAGGGAUGAACCUCAAGACGAAAACAGUGGGGGAGGAUAGAAUAAGAAGGGCCAAAGAGAGGAACGAGGAUGUAGCAGUACUUUCCAUGGAGUUACCAGGGGAAAAGAAAACGUUCAAGUGUUGUUUGGGUGAAGAAUGCCUACAGGGUGAUCCCGUCAGUUUGCCGUUAGGUACGAAGAAAAUGGAAUACAAGACCAGACAAUGGCACGAGAAAUGCUUCUGCUGUUGCAUGUGCAAGACUCCGAUAGGAACGCAGAGUUUCAUUCCUCGCGAACAAGAAAUCUUUUGCGCCAAGUGCUACGAAGAAAAAUUCGCCACCAGGUGUAUCAAGUGUAACAAGGUGAUCACCAGCGGCGGCGUGACCUACAAGAACGAGCCGUGGCAUCGCGAGUGCUUCACGUGCACGCACUGCGAGAAGAGCCUGGCGGGCGAGCGGUUCACGAGUAGAGACGAGCGGCCGUACUGCGCCGAAUGCUUCGGCGAGCUGUUCGCCAAGCGGUGCACGGCCUGCUCGAGGCCCAUCACGGGCAUCGGCGGCACCAAGUUCAUCUCUUUCGAGGACAGGCACUGGCACAACGAUUGCUUCUUCUGCGCCAAUUGCCGCACCAGCCUAGUCGGUAGAGGAUUCAUCACUGAUCAAGAUGACAUCAUCUGUCCCGAAUGCGCCAAACAGAAGUUGAUGUAA